AGAGUUGUUUCCUCGUUGGUGUGGUGUGACUGAAAUUCCCAUGAAAGUCCUCCUUAAAUUCCCUGCAACAACCCCAUCGCCUUCACUGCCAAAUUCCUAUAAAGCAUAACGACACUGGAAAUCUACGGCCUCCCAUGAAAGUCCUUCUUAAAUUCCCUGCAACAACCCCAUCGCCUUCACUACCAAUCAUGAAGAAACCCAAACUCUGCCCUAUCCCCACUGAUUCACCUCCGUCACAACAACAACAACAACAACAAGACCCUAAACCCUUCAUCCUCCUAUUGCCCAACCACAUCACAGUCGAGAUCUUCUCCAAACUCCCAAUCACCACUCUCAUCCAAUGCCGCUGCGUCUGCAAGUCAUGGAGACGUUCUCUCUCCGACCCCCACUUCGCCCGAUACCUCCUCUCCCUCACGCCCCCUUCGCUUCUCAUCAAGCGCUGCCGCAGCUUCUACCUGGUCGAGCCCCACGUCCGAAACGGCGCCGUAAUAAAGCUCGCCGAGGACCCUAAUUACCUCACCCCUUACCUCGACGUUGUGGGCUCCUGCAACGGCUUACUCGCCGUCAGGUAUAACAGUGGUCAGUUCUACAUUUCGAAUCCGAUUCUCGGUGAGUUUUUAACUCUUCCCAGGCCGAGGGGUAGAAUCAAUUGUUCAUUUGUUUGUGGAUUUGGGUUUAGUCCUGUGAGUAAUGUAUAUAAGUUGGUUAUGGCUUCGAUUCCGAAGAAAGGGUCUGAGGGUGAGGUGGAGGUGAUGGUUUUGACGGUUGGCUCUGGGAUUUGGAGAGGCAUUGGCAGCUCUGUAUACCCUUGUUGGAUUCAGUCAUCUGGGGUUUAUCUUAAUGGAGUUAUUCAUUGGAUUGUUGGAACUGGCAAGCUGAAGCUGAAGCUCGAGAACGCUUUUGUCAUUUGUGCAUUUGAUGUUGAGAGCGAGCAUUUCGAGGAGUUACCAUUACCGCCUGGUUCAUUCCGUGCCGGGAAGGUUGAACUCGAGCUUGGUGUGUUGGGAGGUUGUCUCACUGUAAAUGCUUGUUACAAGAAUACAAUCAGUGUUUGGAUGAUGAAGGAUUAUGGUGUUUCAGGGUCUUGGACCAAAGAGUAUGACAUUAAAGACAAACUUAGAGGCACAUUUCGUUCUCAUCCAAAUGUACCUCGAGUAUUGAGAGUUACAGAGGAGGGGCACGUAUUGUUGUUUUUUAAGCAUGAGCUGCAGGUUCAUAGUCUUGGUAAAAGGGGCCUUGUCAGGCUUGAGGUUGACAGGAUGCCAUUGGUCGUUCACGGGGCAUGUGUUCAUAUUCCAAGCUUUGUUUCACUCAAACAUGCGAUUGCUGGUUAGAGUUCAGAGGGGAUAUUCAGAAAGAAGCAAUUACCAUGGGGACGUUAAUAGGAAUUGCACAAGACUAGAAAGGUUUAGAAUCGCGAUGCCAAUCAAUUAGGAGAGCAAGCUGAGAUUAAAGUUAGGUGCUUUAGUAAUGUGGGAGAGACUAAUGAUCGGUUGAUAAUUUUAGGUGAUUGAAAGCAUGUUGUCUGUCAUUUGGGGGCGAUGAACAGUAUUUUGAAGUUGUCUACUUUGUAACUGGUUUGCAAUUAUGAGGGGCAAGGCCUUUGCUCCAACUAGGAGUGACUCCUAGAUCCAGCUAGCAUAAUGUAGCAAAUCUAAUUUCUUGAUUUUAUCAAAUUGCUCAUAAUUAUGAUUA